AUGCAAUUGCGUUUUUUUAUAGUGGCGUUUGGUGGCCAAGGAUAUGGUACCCCACCGGCAGUCGCAUUUAUUUGUGCUUGUUUUGCUAAAACAUGGGUGAUUUCGAUUCCAAUGAUUUAUGCAGGCAUAUCGACACAAUUUCAUCUGAGCAUUGUCAAACACAAUACAUUAGAAGGUUUGCACUCGGCCAACCGUGUAGCUCCUGAACAAACAAUAACCUUGCAGAAUCAAACAGCAAUCCAUCUAAAUGAAACUGUUAAACAUGAAAAAUCAUGGCAAUCUCAAUUAGCAAGCGAAAAUAUUAACCUCUUAAUCAUUAAUUCCUGUUAUGUGCUUAUGUAA